GGGCUCUGAUCGACACGGACGGAGUGAAAGGCGACGUGACCUUGGUCCAGAGGUCGCCGUUUGACCCCACGUGGCUGCAGAUGAACCUGACGUCCUCGAGGGACGAGCUACUGGGCCGGCCGGCGACGACGUUCUCCGUGUACAAGGUCCACGAACUGCCCCCGCUGCCACGCGACCUGCGGGCGACGGAGCGGUGCCUCACCGCGGGCGGGAUGUACAACCCUGGGGGCAGGACUGCCGAGGAAGCCACCGGCAGCCAGGACUCGUACGCGGUGGGCGACCUGAGCGGCAAGCACAACAAGUGGCGCCGGCCUCAGACGCUGCCCGAGCUGUUCCCGCGGCUGUGGGACGUGUUCCUCCCUCUGCAAGGACCCCACAGCGUGGCCCACCGGACGCUCGUCCUCUACAGGCCGGCGGCGAACGGCAGCGCCUCGCAGGAGCCGUGGAUGUGCGGCACGCUCCUGUGGUACGAGCCGGGUACCGACCCGCGCAAGGUGCCCGUGUCCACCGCGGAGGCGGUGUACCGCUACCCGAUAGUCGGGCGCAUCGUGUUCCGCCAGCCGGCGGAGCGGCCGUGGGCCGACACCACGGUGCUGGUGGAGUACCUGGUCCACGCCGACGGCACGUCGCAGAACAACACAUUUGAGCACCGCUGGGGCGUCCACGACUCCCCGCCGGGCAAGGACUUCUACGACUGGCAGAACAGGUGCCUCAGCGCGGGAGGCGUCUACAACCCGCACAAGGUGUACGUGGACCGGGGCGCCGGCGAGCCAGGCUGCGAUGGCACGCGCCCGGGCCUCUGCCCCGCGGGGCUCCUCUCCGCCAGGCACGGCACAUUCGCCAUCGCCGGCCGCAAGGGCAACGGCUCCGCGCUCACGCGCCGGCUGUACACGGACCGGCAGCUGGCGCUGGGCGGCCCGGCCGGCGUCCUGGGCCGCUCCCUCGUCAUCUACGACGACCACGGUCCCAAGGCGCGCGGGGAGCGCCUCGCCUGCUCCGUCGUGGGCGGGGUGUACCGCCGGAAGGCCGUGGCGAAGGACUGGUUCGGGAACGGCCAGCCGACCACGCUCAAGGGGCGGGUCGAGAUGAUCCAGCAGACGGAGCACGACGUCACCGACCUGGACGUGAAGUUUGAAGGCCUGGACGACAGCGGCGACUAUCGCAUCCACAAGGUGUCGGUGGAGAUGGACCUGGAGUUUCCGUGCGAGGAGACCGCCGUGUACGGAACGUGGGACCCCUUGGGCGUGGGCCCCGCGCGGCUGCCGGAGCCCGGCCGUGGCAGCACGGACCAGUACCCGAUGGGGGACCUCAGCGGCAAGUUCGGCACCCUCGAGGGUUCAGCAAUCCACGCGUCCGCCCACAACGACUCCCGACUCCCGUUGUUUGGGACCGACGCAGUUAUCGGUCGCUCGGUAGUUGUUUACAAGAAGAAUAAAGUGAGGUGGGCGUGUUCCACGAUCGAGCGGGGCUACUCCCCCUCGGAAGCCAGGGAGCUGAGGGCCAUUGCUUCGUUCCACCACCCGCUGGGCUUUGCCUACGGCUUCAUCCGAAUGACGCAGCUGGUGUACCGCGACGGCAGCACGAGCGACACCGUCAUCGAGGUGAAGCUGCGUCACCCGGGCAAGCACGACCGCAACGUGACGAGGAACCACAACUGGGCCAUCUUCGUGAACCCCGUCGGAGUGGACGCGACCGUCAAGGUCCUGAACACUCGCUGCGUGGCCGGGGGCUACAUGUGGAAUCCGUACUACACGCAGCUGGCCGACCCUCUGAACGAGGAUCUGUACCGCGACGAGUGUGGGCCGGACAACCCUCUGCGGUGCUACGUGGGAGACGUCUCGGGCCGGAUGGGCACCAUAGACAUCGGCACACAGCGUCAAGUGUUCACGGAUUCCAACUUUCCAUUAGAGGGCACGGUCUCCGCUCUGGGACGGUCCAUUGUGAUAUUCACCAAGGACAGAGGCGGGGAGAGAUUUGCAUGUGCGAAAAUAGAACCUGACAGCGACAUCAUCAAAUAUGCCAACAUUGAAAAGCCACCAAGAUUUGUCCUCGCCCAGUUCAUGGCGGAGGUGCGAGAGAUCAUGGGCAUCCCCGAGUGGAUGCUGUCCGUGGACAGCCGGAAGACCAGGACUCUGCACGACGGCGGCUGCGUCCAGUUCCUGCUCCACUUCAAGGGUCCGAUAGCCAACCAGCUGGAGCUGGACUUCAGCCGGCUGAUGAACGCCGGAUCGCUGCCCGCCCCCACCCUCUACAUCCCCGGCUACGUCCCGAGCGACAAGCGCAAGAAGCGCCUGUCCUACAGGCCUUGUGGCGCCCGCGACCCCAACCAGAAGUCCAGGAAGAAAAGUUUUCUAGGGAGCAGAGCGCAUUGCAAUCGGUGGUCCAGUUUUUCCUGUUAUGGGCUGGCUGUUCUCUCGCUGAAUUUUUAUCUUUGGGCUGGGACAGUGUUUUGAUGUCCAGUAUCGUUAGUCCCUGGGCUGUGAAUGAAUGCUUCCCACCUCAGAAUUGUUCUGCAAUGUCUUUGUGUUAUUUAUUGAAGUGUAUUUUACAGUUUUAUUAUUCCUUUUGACUCUUGUUUCAGAAAUACAUAUAAGAAAAUAACAUAUAAAUAUUAAA